AUGUAAUAUACUGCCCCAAUAGAGAGAAGACUAGUAUUUUAGCCAUCUUAAUAAAUAAUGCCAUUAAUGCAGAGAAAAGAAAACAUUUUUUCUCCUUUAAGGAUAAGUCCUUCAACAUAAUAACAUUUCAGUCCUUCAUAGAAAUAAUUUUAAAAGGGAAAUGAAGUUUAUUAGAAUAGGUUAAAUACAAAUGAUUCGGAGAAGGAGAAAGAAAUAAAAAUAUUAAUAUAACAUAAUUAAAAGAUGAAGGAUUAGAUAAAUUAAUAAGCAAUAGAUUAUGAGAAUUUAAAACACAGUUAUGAUAAAAUGUAUUAAGAUCAAUUAAGAUUAAUAAAUGAAUUGGAAUAGAUAUCAAAAGUAUCUGAAUAAUAAUUAAAAGAAAUAAAAAUAAAACAAGAAGUAAUCAAAGAUUUAUAGCAUCAAUUAGAAUAGUAAAAUCAUUCAUAAAAUAAAACAUCAGAUGAAACUUAGUUACUUAGAUAAUAGUUGUAAAUAAAAGAUUAAGAGAUUUUUAAAUUCAAGGCAAUAUUGGAAGAAAAGAAUUUAGAGAAUUAAGAAAUAAGGAAUACUUUGAAUACUAUAAAUUAGAAAGUAUAGUUUAUGACAUAGCAGAAAGAUUAAUAAUAUUAGAUAAUUGAUAAAUUUAAUAAAGAAUUACAAGAUGAGGUAACUUUAAAGACUUAAUAAAUACAUGCAACAAGUUAGAAUUUAAGUUAAUCAUAAUAGUAAGUGACAUAAUUGAAAUUUGAGAUUGAUUCAUUAAAAGUGAAAUUACAAUCAUAAUAAUUAAUGAUUCCUUUGUAAUAAUUAUAAUAGAAAUAUUUAAUGCUUUGUAUGGAAAAUGAUAGAUUACAUAGUGUAAUAUAAAAGGAGUAUGAGAUAAAGAGAUAGAUGGAAUAAUAAUAAGGGAAAUAUGAAUAAGAAAUAGAGUAAUUAAAGAAUGAAUUAAAGUAGAUAUCAGAUGAAUUUGCUAGAUUGUAAUAGGGUUUGGUAUUUGAAUAAAAGAAUAUGUAUUUAAUAGAGAAUUUGAAGAAUUAAUUAAAUUAUUAUAUAGAUGAGAAUGCAAGACUAAAUGUUGUAAUAAGAUAAUAAUCAAGAAUAUGA